GUCCAACUCCCUGUCGAAUAUCGCACCAAGCCACCGACCAUUUUGAGCAUAACUUUUUUAGCGUAACUCUCUCUCGCAACGAUAGCGUUUGGUCCGUCAGCUUUCUUUUGAUUGCUUAUCAAAUUGAGUCAUCUCUUCCAAUUCAAAAAGCUGAAAGGGGGUUAAGUCGGGGCCCCGAAUUGUGACCAUAGGUUUUCGAGGAUCCCAAUUCAGAACGGGAUUCUUGGAGCCUUCAAGUGAAAACACAGUUAGGUGCUCUGUUGGAAUCUACUACUUCUCUAUCCGUAGUCUGUCAAAUGGAGGUGCAAGAAGAGCAUGGAAGUGAAUUAUCUCAACGUCCCAGGUUAGAUUUCCCUGAAAAUGAGAGCUCCACGAGUCAAGAAAUUGACAAAACAGAAACCUUUGUCGGUGAUAAAUCUCUUCAGGACACUGAGGAAAAGUGUGGGAAGAAUUCCAUUUCUGGUACUGAAGAACAUAAGCUCAAAGAGUGUGGUUCUGCAAGGGAUUCUUAUGCACAGUCAUAUAGCACCACAGAAAAAGAUGGCCCAAACAAAUUUGCUCGAAAACAACAAAAGUACUUCUCUUACGAUGCACCACUUUAUGGCGAGACCGGGAUUUGGAUACCUGUUUCUGUUCCUCCGAUGUCAGAAAGUGACCAUGAAGAUUGGACUAGAGGUUUUUUCUCAAAAGGGGAAUACUUUCCUGAAGAAGAAAUAGGCUCCAUUCAGUGCUUUGGGGAAGAUAAAGAGUUAACCAUGUGGGAUGUCCUGGUGGAAAUGUUGUUGGUGGCUAGGGGUAAAGUGGGUGCUUUAUCGUCGGGUGAUAUUCAUAACAUUUCAUGCAUCUCAGGCCACCUUGUGGAGCAAGCUUGGAAGGAGAUGGCUCAAACUCUCACAGAGGCUAAUUUUGGUGCUGCCAGAGAACUUCUUGAGGCAGAACCUCCCAAAUGGCUGCCUGAUAGUGCAGCUUCUUCCUGUAUGCUGUGUAGUGUCCGGUUUCACCCCAUAAUGUGUAGCAGGCAUCACUGUCGCUUUUGUGGAGGAAUAUUUUGCAGCGAUUGUAGCAAAGGAAGGAGCUUGUUGCCAGAAAAGUUUCGCACAGAAGAACCACAGAGAGUAUGUGAUGUGUGUUCCAUACGUAUUGAGUCUGUUCAGGCAUACUUGAUGGACAGAGUUAGCCGUGCUGCACAGUUGCCAACACAUGAUCUGACAGAUCUCAGUACUUUGAGAUCAUGGAUAAAUUUUCCAUGGGGACAGUCGAUGGAGUAUGAGAUUUACAAGGCUACCAACAUACUUCGGAGUUAUAAUAAGGUCGGUUCUUUGAGGCAUGAAAGGAGAAUUCCAGAAUCUAUUCUUCAAGGUGCUCAAGGCCUUGCAAUACUCACAGUAGCAAAAGUCGGAGCUGUGGUUACUUACAACAUUGGAACUGGACUGGUAGUUGCUCGCAGAGAAGAUGGCUCAUGGUCUCCUCCUUCAGCCAUUUCUUCUUUCGGUGUGGGAUGGGGUGCUCAGGUUGGUGGAGAACUGAUUGACUUCAUAAUUGUUCUGCGAAAUAGAGAUGCUGUGAAGACUUUCAGUGGUGAGGCACACCUUUCAAUUGGAGCAGGAUUGAGUGCAGCUGCAGGUGCCAUAGGACGAACUGCUGAAGCUGAUUUACAUGCUGGCAGUGGGGGCUAUUCUGCCUGCUAUACAUAUAGCUGCAGUAAAGGUGCAUUUGUGGGACUUUCCCUAGAAGGGAGUGUUUUCGCAACCCGUUGCCGAGAAAACUCAAGAUUUUACGGUAGUCAGUCAAUAACGGCUGUCGAUAUCCUUCUUGGAUCCUGGCCCAGACCACCUGCUGCAGCCACCCUUUACCGGUCACUGUCAGAUCUAUACCAGAAGCUCUCAGGUGUGCAGCACUGCACCUGAUCGCUAUUCUUCUUCGAAUGUCAUUAGUUUGUGUAUAUACAAAAUUACAAAUGGGUUCUUUAAUUUAUUAGAAAUCAUGUAAAUUGGCGGCUACUCAGAUGUGUACAUUAUUUACCAGAAGGGCUCACCAUGACAACUUGAAUGGGUAGUCUACUGAUUAUCGAAAACAACUACUAUUGCUUAUCUGUACAAAUGGGGUGUAUAUAAAACAUCUAGUUGACAU